UCCGAAAAACAAGUUCUCUUUCCCCCUCUCCACCUUCUCCUCCUUCCCUUCCCUCCUCCUCCAGUUCAGCUCCCACUUGGCUACAGAGGAGCUCGCAGUCCCUUUGCAAGGAUCGUGGGCAGCCGCUCCUGCACAAGCUGCAGCAGCGGCGGCGGCGGCGGCAGCAGCAGCAUCCCAGCAGCAGAGGGGUUUUUUUUUUUCCUCUCUUGGACACAGUCGUUUUUGGGGCUGCCUACCAGUGUCAUCUCCAGAAGAUGAACCUUUUCUUUGCUUUCUACUUGCUGGGAUUGUUUGUCAGUAACGGGCAAGCUCUUCUACAAGUGACAAUUUCACUUAGCAAAGUAGAAAUUAGUGUUGGUGAGUCCAAAUUCUUCACAUGUACAGCAAUUGGAGAACUGGAAGAUAUAGAUUGGUACAAUCCUCAAGGAGAGAAGAUAGUUUCUACACAGAGAGUAGUGGUACAAAAAGAAGGUGCUAGGUCUCGACUAACUAUUUAUAAUGCAAAUAUAGAGGAUGCUGGAAUAUACCGGUGUCAAGGAACAGAUACUAAAGGACAGACUGAAGAAGCUACAGUUGUUUUGGUGAUUUACCAAAAACUCACUUUCAAAGAAGUGGUAUCUCCUCAAGAAUUUAAACAAGGAGAGGAUGCAGAAGUGGUUUGCCAAGUUAGCAGCUCACCUGCACCCGUUGUUAGCUGGUUGUAUCAUAAUGAGGAAGUCACUACUCAUUCCAACAAUCGAUUUGCUAUGUUAGCAAAUAAUAAUCUCCAGAUCCUUAAUAUCAACAAAAGUGAUGAAGGAAUAUACAGAUGUGAAGGAAGAGUGGAAGCUAGAGGAGAAAUUGACUUUCGAGAUAUCAUAGUUAUUGUUAAUGUUCCACCAGCAAUUACAAUGCCACUUAUGUUCUUCAAUGCUACUGCCGAUCGACAAGAAGAAGUGGUGUUGUCUUGUAGGGCUACUGGCUCACCAGAGCCAAAUAUCAGCUGGUAUAGGAAUGGCAAACUUAUUGAAGACAAUGAAAAAUAUACAUUGAAAAAAAACAAUACUGAACUAAUUGUCAGGAACAUUAUAAACAGUGAUGGGGGUCCUUAUGUCUGCAGAGCCACAAACAUAGCAGGAAAAGAUGAAAAGCAGUCAUUCCUACAAGUCUUUGUACAGCCUCACAUAAUACAACUUAAAAAUGAAACGACAUUUGAGAAUAGUCAGAUAACACUUGUAUGUGAGGCAGAAGGAGAACCCAUUCCUGAAAUCACAUGGAAAAGAGCUCUGGAUGGAAUAACUUUUUCUGAAGGAGACAAGAGCCCAGAUGGCCAUAUUGAAGUCAAAGGGCAACAUGGAAGAUCGUUACUGCACAUUAAAGAUGUGAAGUUGUCAGAUUCAGGGAGAUAUGACUGUGAAGCGGCAAGUAGAAUUGGUGGGCACCAAAAAAGCAUGUACCUUGAUAUUGAAUAUGCUCCCAAGUUUGUAUCAAACCAAACAAUAUAUUAUUCUUGGGAAGGAAAUCCCAUCAACAUAAGUUGUGACGUGAAAGCUAAUCCACCAGCAUCAAUCCUAUGGAGUAGAGAAAAAUUAUUAUUGCCGUCCAAAAAUACCACCAAUUUAAAGACUUACAGUGCAGGAAGAAAGAUGAUUUUAGAGAUUGCACCUACAUCUGACAGUGACUUUGGAAGGUAUAACUGCACUGCCACAAACCGAAUUGGAACAAGAUUUCAGGAAUAUAUUCUUGCUUUGGCUGAUGUGCCAUCUAGUCCCUAUGAAGUAAAAAUUAUAGAGUUGUCACAAACUGUUGCCAAAGUUUCUUUUAACAAACCAGACUCUCAUGGUGGUGUGCCUAUUCAUCACUAUCAACUGGAUGUAAAAGAAGUGGCUUCAGAAACAUGGAAAGUAUUUCGUUCCCAUGGAAUUUCAACAACGGUUGUUUUAAGCAACUUGGAACCAAAUACAACCUAUGAAAUCAAAGUUGCAGCUGUAAAUGGAAAAGGUCAAGGGGACUACAGUAAAAUUGAAAUCUUUCAAACAUUGCCAGUCCGUGAACCAAGUCCUCCAUCAAUCCAUGGACAGCCUAGCAAUGGAAAGAGUUUUAAACUUAACAUAAUGAAACAAGAUGACGGAGGGGCACCCAUUUUGGAAUAUAUUGUGAAAUAUAGAAGUAAAGAUAAGGAAGACCAGUGGCUUGAGAAAAAAGUUCAGGGUAAUAAAGAUCAUAUAGUUUUGGAACAUUUACAGUGGACCAUGGGUUAUGAAGUACAAAUUACAGCUGCAAAUAGACUUGGAUACUCUGAACCAACAGUAUAUGAGUUCAGCAUGCCACCAAAACCCAAUAUAAUUAAAGAUACACUUUUUAACGGCUUUGGACUUGGUGCAAUCAUUGGAAUAGGAGUUGCUGCACUUCUACUAAUUUUUGUGGUAACUGAUGUUAGCUGCUUCUUUACCCGACAAUGUGGAUUGCUAAUGUGUAUUACUAGAAGAAUGUGUGGAAAGAAAAGUGGUGCCAGUGGCAAAAGUAAAGAUCUAGAAGAUGGAAAAGCUGCAUAUUUGAAAGAUGGAUCAAAAGAGCCAAUAGUGGAAAUGAGAACAGAGGAUGAAAGAAUUACCAGUCAUGAAGAUGGAAGCCCAAUAAAUGAACCAAAUGAAACUACUCCACUCACAGAACCUGAAAAACUGCCAUUAAAAGAAGAAAAUGAAAAAGAGGUUUUAAGCCCAGAAAUUAUAGAAGCAAAAAUUUCCAUUGAUAUAACUCAGUCAAAAGAAGAUAGCAAAGCGUAACAGGAAGACGACCACAGCAAAAAACAACAGCAACAACAAAUAAUUCAAACUGAAGUGACCCUGUAACCAAAACUAUACAGCUUACCUUAAUUUCUUGGGCACCUUUUUCUAUCAAUACUCUGUAGAGAUAAUCAAACUAUUCUGGUCCACAGUACCUUUAUAUUUUUGUUUAUUUUGCCUCCAUGUGUACUCCUGGCUAACAACAAUUCUAAAAUAUCGUUUUGAUCAAUCCAGUGAAGUAGUGCAAUUUAUUACAAAGCUGAAAUUUAUAAGGAAAUACAUUACUAAAAUAUCAUUUUGACCAGAGUCUAUAUUCCAAAUAGGAGAAAAACACAACUUCAAGCUAAACUAACAAUAGUAAAAAAAAAAAAAUCAUUGUGUUUUCUUGAAUCUGGCCUUUUUAAAGAUAGAUUAGGUCACUUUUAAAGGAAAAGUGAAGAGGCUUACUCGAGGUCUUUUGAUUAUAAUGAGAAAUUCAGCAUACCUGUGGCCUAGAGAGAUAUUCUAAUUAUUGAUAGUAAUAACUGACAAGACUUGAGGUUUCUAUAUAACUACAGUGCAGGUCCAUGACUGAUCUCUAAUGAGUGGAAAAUUAAUCAGCAUGUGAUACAGAUCAAAAUGGUUAUAUUUUAAUGAAAGAUAUUGUUGCUAUAUUCGAAAAUGUGGCUUAGAAAAUCCCUCAUGUUUUCUAUUAUUUAGACAUAUGCCUCAUUCAUUUUGAAGAGAUAAUAUUUAAACUGAAACCCUAGGAAUCAAAAGGAAAACAGAUUUAUGGUUUGGGCUUCAAAUAAGCUUAAGUGGAAACAUUCAAUUUGUUAACCUUACCUUAACACAUAUGUGUAUUUAGGUUAUUUUCAUUUUAUUUUAUUUUUAGUGUUUUUAUCAGAUCAAGGAGCCAUGAUUUCAAAUAUGUUAAAUGACAUCAGCUGUAUUUUUUACAGAUGUAUUCUCAAUCUUUGUCAUGCAAAAUUUUAAGAUUGUACUUUACCAACUUUAAAAGGUCUGUUCAUGAAUGAUUUGAGGUAAAAAAAUAUAUAAGAAAUACAAUUUGGCUAAAAUUCAAAAGAAAUCUUUAAUGGGUAAAUAUUUUAUUUCAUGUUUCAUUCUUGGUAUUUGUAUCUUCACACAUUAACACAGGGCUGGCACAGAGUAGGCACUCAGUAAAUGCCUGUUGAUUGAUUGAUUAAUACAUAGUGUAAGUCAAAAUAUCUUUCUGGUAAGCAUUUUUACUAUGAAUAUUAAUUUUAUUCAUUCUAAAUAUAGUAGCUUACAGAUAUAAUCUCCUGAUCGGCUAUCUUUUCUCUUGAAAGUCCUUAUGUAUUCAGUAUAGUUAUGCUAAUGUCACUUGUUUGGAAUAGUAUUAUUUUAGGCCCUAAUCCAGAAUAAAUUAUAAACUAUGCAAAGUUCCCAAAGGAAAAAAAAAUUCAUUAUUAAAUCUGGCCUUUAUACAAGGCAAAUUAACUAUGUAUAGCUCUAAAUAGAAAUACACCUAUA